AUGUCUGGUAUACAACAAAGCCCUGAGCGCCGCCCACGAGCAUUGGCCGACAUUCACUACAACAACCUCAUCAACGACACAGCAACAUCUUCCGAGGAUGAAGCCCCUGAGAUUCGAGCCAUUGCGCCAGCCGAAGUGCAAUCCCUCGUCGGUGUCAGUCUUGGACGAGCCCAGACGCGCUUGAUCCUACCACAGACACCGGCAGCAGAGAAGCAAGCAGCCAUUGACGAGCAAGGAGGCUUCUUUGGCGGUCCACAGAUCCAAGACGACGUGGAUCUGGACGAUGACGAUGCCCCAAUUCAAGAGCCGGAACGUACAUCCAGACCAGUCACGCGAGAGAGACCAACGACAGAACACAGAGCACCGGCGACGACGACAGGCCAGACGACUGUCCGUCUGCCUUCUCCAUGGCGUGCUGGACCCAAGAAGUUCAAGAAGACAAACGAGAGCCGCUCCGUGCUCAAGGAAGGCUUUCACCGACGAGCUUCCUCGACCGGUCCUGGCCCCAUGUCGGGAAUGGGAGCCUCACUCGAUCAUUGGCGAGACGCUCUCAAGACCAGCAUACACAACUUCACCUCGCCUUUCUCCACCCAGCACCCUCAAGAGUCUGACCCCAAGACCCGUCCACCGAACAGACAGAGACGAUCGGGUUCUCUAUUCGCAUCACUUGCUUCCUUACUGCAACAUCCGAAGACUAUGCCUUUGCAGAGAGAUCCACCCUCAAACGAGUCCACCACUAGCAACGGCGAUCCUCAGUUCAUCCCUAUUCGUCCAGCAAGCUCUAAGACAGCGGUCGGCCAAUAUCAAAAUGCUCUGAGCCCUAUGGCUAGAGUCAACAGUGGCAGGAGUCACCGCAGCCUGCGGCGUUCUGCAUCCGAAUCAUCUCUACAUACCUUCCGCACUCUGUCGCGAGUACCGUCACUCGGUGAUGACAGCCGCUUUGAACACGUCCAAGCACAGGUCAACAGCAGAAUGAAGGCCAUCAGAGACAGCUGGCAGGAUACUAACAUUAGACUGCCGCUCCUGCCUUCCUUCGCUUCCCUGUCCGACAUUACUCUAAAUCGUACCAACUCUUUCUCGAAAAAGAACACAACCUCGAAUCCUAACUCCUCGAAUACUGCCCUUCCGUCGUCAGCAAAUCAAAAACCCAGCACAAAUCUACCUAGAGCAUCCACGGCUCCACAGGCAAACAAGUCCUCGCAACAGCAUCCUCACUUCUCCAAAGCACUCGCCGAACUCACCGGUGAUGUCGUCGUACUUGGAGGGUACCGUGGUUCUAUAUUGAGAUCCGCCGAGCCACCUCAUAGACAACUGUGGGCACCCAUCAAGGUCGGCUUGAAUGUGAGAAAGGUAGAUCUAGAAGUCGGCCUCGAUGCCGAUGCCGACGAGAGAGCCCAAGAGAAAAUCAUCCCUGGUGGUAUGCUCACUCAUAUUGGCCCCGUUGACAUAUCUAGACGCUUGUUCAAACGUUUGCGUGCCUGUGAGAAUGCGAGAAGUGGACAGCUGCGUGUUCAUGAUUAUGGCUAUGAUUGGCGUUUGGAGCCGCUGUUCUUGAGUAAGCAGCUGAUCGAGUUCUUGGAGAAGCUCCCCUGCAACAAACCUGGUACUCCAAAGAACAAGCGUGGCGCAGUUGUUAUUGCGCACUCUCUUGGCGGACUCAUCACCAGACAUGCUGUGAAUCAACGACCAGAGCUUUUCGCAGGAGUGGUUUAUGCAGGCGUACCCAGAACUUGCGUCAAUAUUCUUGGUCCCUUCAGAAAUGGUGACGACGUGCUUCUCAGUAGCCGUGUUCUGACCGCCCAGGUCAACUUCACCAUCCGUACAAGUUUUGCUCUCUUGCCGCUGGAUGGCCGGUGUUUCUUCAACAAAGAAACGAAAGAGGAAUAUCCAGUCGACUUCUUCGACCCACAAACCUGGAUCGACUACCGUUUAUCUCCGUGUAUCGCUCGCCCACUGCCAUCGCUCAACGAACCUCCGCCUCCAACUGGUCUAGCUGGGGUGAUGAACAGCAUGGCAGGCAUGGAACCCUCAGGCUUCUCCGGUAACAGCGCAAGCGCAGAAGCAAAAGGCAACAUCGACUACAACGGCACCGAUAACAUGACACCCCAAAUCGACUCUUCCAGCACCGCCGCCUCGAAAUCGCCAGACGCAGCAGCAAACGAUCCAAAUACCUCCAUCGCAACGACCGUAACCAUCCCCCGCGAGCAAGCAAUAGCCUACCUCACCCGCAUCCUCGCCAGCGUCAAGAAGUUCAAAACCGAACUUUUCUUCCACGCGCCACAUCAAGAAGCAAAUGCAUACCCACCUGCUGCAGUCAUCUAUGGCAAGACCACGCCUACGGUAUACGGUGCCAAGGUUGUCAGCAGGGAAGCCAUCAAACAUGCUUCUGCAUACGAUGCGCUUGCUUUUGCGUCGGGCGAUGGUGUGGUGCUGGCUAAGGCUGCCAUGUUGCCUGACGGCUACAAAGUUGCCAGGGGAGGGUUGGUGAGUAGUGAGCGCGGGCAUGUUACCUUGCUCGGGGAUCUAGAGGCUGUAGGCAGAUGUUUGAGGGCGGUGCUAGCUGCGAGGAGGAAAGGUGUCGGCAUGGGUGGUGUCGAGCAGUAG